AUGACUCUCAUCAUGAAGCAUAGCUCAGUUGGAACCUCCUUUAACUGGACCGAUGUCGUCUGUUUAUUUGUUACAGGUACUUUUGAAUCUACCUCACCAUCAACAAAAAUGCUUGUUGUAUACGUAACUGCAGCUAUUACUUUUUGGGCAAACUCUUUGGUGGUUAUAUCUUUAAUUCUCAAACAAAAAUUCAUUAAUUUUUCCGUUCGAAUCGUUACUAAUGUAGAUUUCUUCAUCGGACCAAUAUUCAUGCCAUUUGUAUGCAAUUGCUUCACGAAAACUUACACAUUAUCAGCUACAAGAAAAUAUACGAUUCCUUUGACUUUUGUCUUGGUUAUUCAUAUAUUUAUGCUCAUAAAGAACGCUGUAAUGUGCAUAUUCAGCUCAAGAUCUCACUUACGUAUCAUUAAUCCCAUUGUUUGUCGAAAUCAAAAACAAGCUUUGAUUUUAUUAUUCUAUUUAAUAUGCCAGAUUCAUAUGGGAAUCUACAUAAAUGAUGAAUAUAGAAUUGCACAAGUCAUUUUACUGUUAACUUCAAUAGGAAUGAUAAUUUACGAAAUAUUUUACCCAAUUUAUACAUAUCGUUCACAAAACUGCGCAUUAUUGACAUUAAUACUCUAUAACAUGUUCGGUUCUUGCAUUAUGCUUACAAUUCCUGAUCAAAGAUUUUAUGGUUUAUUAUUAAUCGUUCCAAGCCUUAUUAUAUCAGUAUUCGUGUAUUACGUAGCAUAUCCUUACAUAUUCUUCCCAAGAUUCAAGGCGUAUCGCUUUGAAAUUGCAUAUUUAUGUGAUGAUAAGGAAAAUAUCAUGAAAGAGCUUGAUAAUUUCUCUCCAAAAGGUAUCAAACAGAUCAGAAUUGCCAGGCUUCGUAAUAUGCUCUUGGCAGCUAUCCAUUAUCAGCAUCCAAAGCUUCAACAAAUCGCAAAAGCUUUUUCUCAACUUUCUACAUCGGAAUGGCGUGAUCGUUUCAUUCUUUGGUCGCUCAGUGAAAUACCUUAUCUCGCAGAAGGGAAAUUACCUCAAUUCGACCAAAAAUUACUCGAUGACACUUAUAAUUCCGUCUUUUCUCAGGAGAAACAGCUAUGGUUGUGCGCGUGGUUGAACUACUAUGUCAUUCUACCUAACAUUUCUGCUAAGAUUGGCCACGCAAAAGCUGUUUAUAACUCAUUAAUUGAUUUAUUCCAUGAAAACUACCCGAUGAUCACUGAUUUCGGCCAUCCGAAGUUUGAAAAUGACGGACUCAAUAAGAGGGUCAAGAGAACUUUCAUUUCUUUCGAUAUUUUCAUCAAAAUUUUGAUAAUUCUUUUCACUUUCUUGCAUUUUUCGUAUUUAACUGUGAUCAGAACUGAAUCUAAUCACAUGACAAACACAGUUAAAGUGCAAUAUCUUGUUGAAGCCGUUGCAAAUUAUCAAAUCAAUUAUUGGACAAAUUCUGCAGCGAAAUCCCAUAUGGAAUCGAUAUUUACAAGCUAUUCUGAGAUAGAAAAAGCUGCAGAAAAGUUUGGUUCUUUGAGAGAAUUUUUGAACCGGAAUUAUAAUGGUUUAUCAGUCAGAAAUGCCUUCACCGACCUCAGAAAUUAUGUUAAAACCAAAAAAGGCAAUGAAACAGAGGUAUUUGGCAAUGUUUUCAUGGCAUUGAAUUUAUCAUUGUACAAUUUCCCCGAAAUAUGCUUUAACGAGACCAACCAAGACAGUUUGGAUAAGAUUACAAAGUCGGUUCGCAUCAAUAUCGCUGUUUUAAUCGUAUUAUUGUUAAUUGAUACUUUAUUCUUCAUUGGAUUCCGAAAGAACAUGAUUGCCUCGUUCGAUAAAUUUUACUCUGUUCCGAGAGAGGUCUAUCUUAAGCUGGGAGGCCUUCAACCAACUUAUGACAAUAAAUAUUCCAUUCCUUACCGUCCAAGUAUCUAUGAUUCCCUUUCAUACAUUGCUACAACGAUUUUCUUCCUCUCCUUUUCGUUCAUUCUUGGAAUUUUUACCUUAAAUGCCCUAUCAGAUCGUUAUUUGGUCCUUAGAGACAUGGAUACUCAAUAUACCAACAUCAAAGCCAUAACAUCUGUUGAAAGGAUCAUUUCUCUCCUUACAUAUUCGGUCAAACAAUCUGUAAUUACAAAUGAUUACAGAAUGAAGCGCCAAAUCUUCACAUUUUACGAAGUAGACUCACUUUUCUGCGAGAUCCACCAUAAAUCCGAGUUCGAUCCUUUCGUCCGCCUUAUCGAUCCUAACUUUUUACAGUUAAUGGGAAGAUAUUAUUUGUCAUCUUAUGAAAAUGUCAAUGUUUCAGGGUUUUCUAGUUGUCUUAAGAACACCAUCAAGAACAUGGACAUUAAUACGAACCAAAUCCUUACUUGGAAGAGGUUUUACAUCAGUAGAUUUGUUACUUUCAUAGUUAACAUCAUUUGCUUUGUAAUUUUGUUCAAUGUGAUUAACUGGAUCAUUCGUCCUUUCGUUGCCUUCGAAACUCUCGAGAUUCGCUCGAUUUUGAACAAAGUUGACAAAGAUGUCAAAUUUAUUCAACAAAGAAUCCAGUUUUCCAAUGUUAAUCAGAACGCUUUGAUAGAAGAUAGUGACCUACAGAUGUUUGUUGUCGGAAAAGACGGAACAAUACUUUUCCAGACGAGUUCUGUCAAUUUAAGUAUCCAAAACUCGUAUAACAUCAUUGACAGUUCAUUAAACCAAGAAGUCAAGCAAGAACUGAUGCAAUACAUCGACCAGUACAAGAACGAGUACCUUCCACACUCGAAUUACUUGACGAACUCCCAAUACAUCGUAAAUCCUCAUUACGAUUUCAUUGGCCAAAAGUUGGAACUUUCUUAUGUUUUAGUUAUAAAUAGUCUUUCUCACAUCAAAGAGAAAUCAUUCAUAACUAAAAAGAUCGACCAACUGAGUGUCUGUUCCUAUGUUUCCUUCAUGAAAGGACAACAGACAUACGGGCCAAAUGGAAGACACACAAUUGUAGCAAUUGUAAAAAUCCCUGAAUUCGACCAACCCGAUGUUGACAUCAAGAAAUUGAUGAAAGCAAGGUGCGCGGUAACAAAUAAACUAUAUAAGUUAUACGCUGUUAACCAGAACUACUGCAGAUUACGUGAAGAAGGCUCUUUGAUCAUUAUGACAUUGAACAGAGAUGCUGAUACAACACCUUGGAAUAUGCAUACUUUAGGUGCAGAAUUCAUGAGGAAAUUUAGGGAUAUGAUAAAGAAAGUGGCUGAUUCAUUGAAGUUCGAAAUGAAGCCGGUCGUUCUAUUGUACAGAUGCCAUGAUACAGUCCUCGCUGUGUCUAAUGAUAGAAUGGCAAUGGCCGCAUUCGAUUGUCCGUUCGAAUUCGCUGCUUUGGAAAGAAUUUCUAAGUGUUUGAGAACUUCUAUUAACUAUACACCAGAAAAGACUGAAACAAGGCCUCAAAGCUUGACAAAGGUUAGAAGCUGCGUUACUGAAAGAGGUGAUAAUUACGACAUUUUCGUUGUUGUUUGA